AUGUAUCCAUUAGUAUUCAUUAGUAUUCUUUUUACAUUAUUAAGUCAUAUUAACAUCAGUGAAAGUUUAUUUCAAUGUAGACAACUUGGUGAAACAUGUCAUAAAACAUUAUUCGAUCGUUGUUGUGGUAGGAAUGUUUGUCAAUUAAAGGGUUUGUCAGGAAGAUGUGUUAAAUGUUUAAACACUGGAGAUAAAUGUUUAAAAAGUAAAGAAUGUUGUAAUGGUAGAUGUGUUUUGUUUAAAUGUAAAGAUAAAGGAAUUGGUAAAACAACAAACCAUCGAAAUAGAUAUUAA